AUGCAGCCGGCAGCUCAGCUCCAGUUCCAGAACCUCAUGUCACCGAGCGGGCCAUGCCUCCCUCAGCCAACCCCCAUUCACCAAGAGAAAGUGGCCAAGCUAUGUCCUCAGAUCCAGACUGACUCCUAUCCGUCCAAGGAGCUAGUAGUGUUACCAUCACGGGAAGUGCCUCGCCUGCGGGCCGUGGUGGAGAGCCAGGCCUUCAAGAACAUCCUGGUGGACGAGAUGGACAUGAUGGUCUCACGGGCAGCCACUGUCAUCCAAGCCAACUGGAAGGGCUACCGGCUGCGGCAGAAACUCAUCUCCCAGAUGACAGCCGCCAAGGCCAUCCAGGAGGCCUGGCGACGCUUCAGCACACGCCGGCUGAUGCACUCCAACAGGCUGACUGCUAAGAAAGUUAAGAGGGAGGAGGAAGGUGACAUCCCCUACCACCAGCCACAGCAGGUGCGCUUCCAUGCCCCAGAGGACCAGCCACCAGUCAUGGUGACUAAAGAGACUCAGUUCCCGUCCUUUGACAACCUGGUCCCCUCACAAGCCACAGCAGGUCUCUGUACCAGCAGAGUCCCCAGAGGUGGCCUACAGCCACAGUCUGUGAUUGACAGAUGCACAGGUCCCAAGUACCAACCCUGCAUGUUGACUAAGACUUUUCGGAGUUCUUGUCUCAUGAGACACUUGGAGGGGGACAGUGUGAAGAUCAGGCAUGUGGCUUCCAAGACCAUCAACGUGGGGACCCUAGAGUCAGCAGCAACAGAGAGCUAUGGCCAGGCCAUUCAUGGAUCCCUGAAGACCCAGACCCAGGCCCACACAGAAACAGAUGUCCCCAAGGCCCCACUACAUUUAUAUCCAGUCAACAAGACCCCUGUCAAAGUGUGUCCAGUGGCUGCUGCUGCCCUUAAAUCUUCAGCCACUAUGUCCACAGCACCGAUGAGUGCUCCACAGACACGCCCCACAUCUCCAGCGACAGUCAUGAAGAUGCAAGCAGCAGCUAGCCCCAUGAUGAUCAGGCCCCCGGCUCCCGUGCGACCCAGUUCUCCACUCUGUUACACCGCACCACAGAAGCAGGUGCGUUGCAUGGUCUCCGGGGCCAGGGUGCAGCCCCCAGGGUCUGCUGUGGCCUCUACAGUUAAGGCCUUACCACGAUAUGGAGCUCCUGUCACUAAGGUCCCACUGCAAACUGGCCCCGGGUUCACAGUGACAAAGACCUCGCUGCAGAUGCGACCAAUGAUCAGAAGCCAAGCUCAGACCUGCACAGUGUGCACUUCAUCCAAAACCUCUCAGUCAAGCCCCACGGUCAAGCCCUCACCUCAGACGCGCCUGGCAGCUAUGAUAACCAAGACUCCAGCUCAUUUACGCUCUGUAGCUGCUGUGCUCAGGACCCUGUGUGGUGGUACAACUGAGGCAGUGGCCUCAAGUCCCAAGUGUUCAUCCCAAAGUCCAGUGCUUGCUGGCAACACUCUCUCCCAGGUACACUUGAAUAGCACAAAGGCCAAGGUCACCGUGAACACCAGGCAUACCACCACAAUCAUCAAGGUGGCCUCUCAGUCAUACUUGGCUGAGGGGAAGGGCAGGUGCGUGCCCCAGGGAAAUCUAGACAUCAUAGUUCCUAAGCCUCCAGCCAAGUCUCCAUUGGAAGUAGAAAAGAUGAAGCCUUGUCCCGCAAGGGCCGCCCAAAAGGAAGCAGCUCUUAAGACUAACACCACCACUGCAACCAGGGCUCUGUCUUGGACAAAAGUGAUGGAAGAUCAGAACAAGGCCCUGACUCAGAUGGAGGAGAGGGCGGAGAUUGUAAAGGCUCACUCCAGGGUGUACAUGCCUGAAGAGAUGACAGUGACCCUGACCCAGGCCCAGCUGGCUGUCCCCCUGACCAAGACCUCCUCCCAAACCCAGCCAUGCCCUUACCAUGCCCGAACUUCACCGGCUUCACCCUUCUGUAAAGCUGUGUCUCAGUCUUGCAUGCCCUCUGGGCUCGCCCCAGGCAUACCUGAAGGACGGCGUCCACCUGUAGGUCUCUCUGCCUCCCUGUCCUCCUCGCCUCUGGCCGCACACCUAAUGUCGCUCACAGCCCAGCUCCAGCCUGCUGGUGAGCAGGCCAGAUCUGUGUCUCGAGAUCAUCUGACCACAUCAUGCCCGGCCUCAGCCUCCCUGCACGCACACUCCUCGGGGAUCACCUUAGUCCCUCCUGAAGUAUGCCCAAACACAUAUUCACCCCACUCUGCUCCCCAGCACCACAUGGCCUCUCUCCUGACGAAAAGCUCAUCUCAGCUGCGUCCACCAUCUGAGCACGCCAAGAUCACGAGCACUAAGACCACCAAGGCGGCAUGCCAGGUCUGCCCAUCCACUAAGGUCAACAAAGCCCCAUCCCUGGCCCAGAUCAUCACGUGUCUGGCUAAGGUUCCGUCCCAGGCCCAGCUGGCCACUGAAACAGCCAAGUGCCUCUUGGCUACCCACCCUACCACUGACCUCAGUAGCAAGACCCAGUCACAGACAUUCCUGAGCACUUCCAAGGCAUCUGUCCAGUUGUGGCAACAUUUGGGGACAAUUAGUACUGGACCCCGUGCCAAGCCAGAUGACAGGAGCGUGGCUCAGACCCAGCUCCAUAGCCACACACCAAACAAGACCACGCAGAACCCACGUUCAAUGGCCACAGAUAGCCAAGGCAUGCUGGUACCUCUGAUGACUCCCAGCGGACACCCUGUGUCCAAUGCAGAAUCCUGGGGGGACAGUGGACGGGCACGGACCCCACCUCCAUCCCCUCUGCCCAACCAAUCUGUGUCCUGCCACGACGACCUGGCUGCAUCCAUUGCGUCUCUGUGUGCAGACUUGGUGGCCAUGCUGGGCUCCCCUGAGGACUUGCGGGCACUCCUGGUCAAGACACUUUCUCAGGGUGAAGUAAGGACGGCACUGAGCCAGGCCUUAUCCCGGGAGGUCCUGGGGCCGUCUGUGGUCAAGGCUUUGCCUCAAGGCAUGCUGGGAAUGGCACUGAUGAAGGCGCUGUCAUGGGGUGAACUGGGUAUCUCCCUGUCCCGGGCCCUGUCCCGUGGUGAGCUGCGUCCAGAACUCAACAAGGCCACACAGGGCAAGCUGGCCGAGGUCCUGUGUAAAGCCUUGACAGAAGACGAGAGGGCCACACUCAGCCAGGCGCUGUGCCAGGGUGAGCUGGGUGCUGUCUUCACUCAGUCCUUGGCCCAGAUGGCCCAGAGGACAGGCGCCUUCCUCCCUAAGGCCACUUCAAAAACAGUGGGGAGUCGGAUGACCACAGCGCCUGCCCCAAUGGAAGUGACUUGCAGCGGGAGUCUGUCGGUGGCAUGGGGGCCUACGCUGGGUCCUGUAGGAGCACGGUGUAGCAAGGGCCCCGUGGAUGCCGGCCUGGCUGCUGGCCAGUCAUGGAAUUCCAAAGUCCCCAACGUAUCGGUCAGAACCACAGCACAUGCUGGGGCAGCCCAAGGGAUGUGGCAUCCCAGCAGGGGCCACAAGCCAUGGGACCCCUCUGGUGCAGAGGCAGCGCUGGACCGCAAGCCGUCAGCUGAGCUGCUGAUGUCAGUACAGGCCAUGGAGAAAGUUGUCGUCCAGGCCGUUGUCACCAUCCAAGCGUGCGCUCGUGGCUACCUGGUUCGCCGCACUGUGAAAGUGUGGCAUCAGUGGGCCACCGUCAUCCAAGCUAUGUGGCGUGGUUACCGUGUACGGCGGAAUCUGGAAAGGCUGUUCAGGGCCACCACUGUCAUCCAGGCUGCCUGGCGAGGCUACUGCAUUCGUCGAGCCCGGGCCUGCAAGGUACUGCUCCCUACAGCGUGGCCAGAGCACAGUGGCAGAACCCAGGGAAACUUGGACAGCAGAAACAGCUCUGAGCACCGCUGCUUCCUAUCCUGCCAGCCAGAUGUCUGCAGCGUCUGCCAAUCCCUGGGUCCCCCGGUAGAGAGUCUGCCCAGCGUUGUGAUGCUUGUGGGGUCCCAGCCACGCACUUGCCACGUGUGUGGCCACACACUGUCCAUGCGAGUGGUGCAGGGCUAUGGCCAGGGCAUCUCAGGCCAGUCUGUCUCUCGAUGGGCCUCAGCAUCCCAGCAGAACACCCUUCUUAGCCAGCAACACAGAGCAUGCACCAUCAUCCAGGCGGCCUGGAAGGGCUACAGGACACGCCGGCAGCUCAGCCAGCAGCAAUCUGCAGCCAAGAUGGUUCAGGCCAUGUGGAGGGGCCACUAUACUCGAAGCUGCCUCACCACGGAUGCACUCUUGGGAACAAGAGGCCCGUGGAGCAUCUCCAGGGACACUUCACGCCGUACCUCAAGGGCUUACUCUUUGCACUGGCCUGGCGUCUAG